UCUGUACAGGACAAAGAGGACAAUGCUGUUUCCAAACCAGGACAACCAACCUGAAACCAGAACAGAGGAGGCACACUCAGUAAAUACUGCGGUGAACGGCAGGGGGCGGCACCGCUCCGGUCUGUGCAGCGGAGGAGCAGCAGGCGGGCUCCAGGAGCACAGACUCCUUGCGUCCGCCCGCACGCCUUCCCUCCUCCAGCUCCGGAUCAGACGGUUCAGAGACCGACACUGGAGAGUCCAGGUAAGACCGCUUCACUUUGACGUCGCAGUGUUCUCCUGGACCAGGGACACCUGAGUGGCACCUGUACGAAGAUCCUGCUGUAGAUCAGCGACGAGAGACGGACCUAGGAUCUGUGGUGGUCUGCACUUAGUCCGGGUUCCCUGUACUGGAUAAAGGUUCAGACUUUACAGUCUUUCGGGACCUCUGUGGCUUGUUGCUGAAACCCAGCCUUUUGGUUUCCCUGCUGUAAUGAUGAAGAUAAUAUCAAAAUGUGUGAUCUUGUAAUGGAUAUUAGCAGAACCGUUUAGACCCCUCCUCAAACUAAAUCUGAAGAUCCCAGCACGCUGAGAAGGCUCUGGUUUUCCCCUUUUCCAGUGAUGGAGACGCUACAGGUUUUCCUCCUCCUGGGUGUUUUUGUCGUGAUGGUUUCAGCUCAGCAGGUGGAAGAACCUGCCACCUACUCGUGCACGGAGGGCUACGAGUUCAGUGAGGAAGAACAGGAGUGUAAAGAUGUCAACGAGUGCCAGACCUUGCCAGACGCCUGUAAAGGAGGGAUGAGUUGCAUCAACCACUAUGGCGGAUACUUCUGUCUGCCGCAGAAUGCGCAGAUCAUCAUCGGCAAUGGAGAGGAAGAGCCCACCACCACCACCCGUCCCCCUGCUCCACACCUCAUCCCCCACCCCGUUGUACCGCUUCCCCGCAGCAGCUACCUGACCAACCAGGUGAGGCUGGCCUCCAUCCGGUGUCCAGUUGGAUUCGCUGCAGACGAGUUCAACUUGUGCAGAGAUGUGAACGAGUGUGCUCCCAGCAGCCCCUGUCAGCAUCACUGCUACAACUUGCUGGGCUCGUUCCUGUGCCAGUGUGAGCAGGGCUAUAAACUGAGUCCAGACCAGCUCAACUGCCAUGACGUAGACGAGUGUCUGCUCUCGGCCUACGUGUGUCAGUGGCAGUGUGUGAACCAGCCUGGCUCCUACAGCUGCGUCUGUCCUGAGGGCUACGAGCUCCAGGGAACACGCAUGUGCCAAGACAUUAAUGAGUGUGAAACGGGACCAAACUGCCGAGAGGACCAGAUGUGCUGGAACUACUUUGGAGGUUACCGCUGCUAUCCCAGAAACCCCUGCCAGGAGCCUUACAUCCAGACUGGAGAGGGUCGAUGCAGCUGCCAGUCUCCGAGCGCGUGCAGAGGACUUCCUCCAUCCAUUGUCUAUAAGUACAUGAGCAUCACGUCGGAGCGCUCGGUUCCAGCCGACAUCUUCCAGAUCCAGGCCACCAGCGUCCUCCCCAGCAUGCUCAACACUUUCAGGAUCAAAGCCGGCAACGAGGAUGGGCAGUUUUUCCUCAGGCGAUCCAGUAAUGUGAGCGCCAUGCUGGUGAUGACGCGGCCUCUGAUUGGUCCCAGAGAGCACGUCCUGGACCUGGAAAUGGUAACGCAGAACUCAGCUCUCAGUUAUCGCUCCAGCUCUCUGCUCCGCCUCACCAUCAUCGUAGGACCAUACACCUUCUAGAAACUUUCUCUCCUUAACAGAAACCUUUUUUCAAACUGCUACAUUAGUUCUAAACAGGUUUUCCCUGAAAUAACUUUUAUACCUUGUUCCCACUGUCAGAUAAAAUCCAGAUCAGAUUAAGACCUUUUUUUGCCAGCACAUUCUUGCUACAUAUGCAUAACAAUAAGUAGUGGACUAUGGGGUGUUAUAUUCACAGUAUCAUCUUAAACGACAGAGACAACAAAGGAAAAAGUAAAUCCAGAUUAUAGUUUGGUUCAAUUACCCCCCUCCCUCACACAAACAACAUACCUCCAGACUUAGAAAUCAUUAUUAAAGAGAAGAUGUUGCUCGGUGGUGCUGAUCUUCACUAAUCAGCACAUCUGUGUGAGCACCACCCAGUGACGAAGCCAGUGUUUCUGUCCAGCUUCAGUUUCCCACAGUGGAUCCUUCCAGACAUACUUAGUGUCAGAAUCAUGGGUUACUUGCAAACAGAGGUUGUUCUGCAAAUCUGCGCCCAAAAACAUUUCAUGUCAUGUGCAGGAACUGACUUAAUUAACAGUGAUUACAGUGGGAAGACACUCGAGCAGCUUUUCUCUAGGGUUGGGUCGAGCUGAUCAGUUGAUGCUUCCAGCUCUCGUGGCCUGUGCCAGUUUAACGAUACAAAGCAAUGAAAUGUGUUUAAUUGAACUUGCAUCUGAUUUCUGAAAACUGAACCACACAACUCUAAUCAGCAUCUCUGUGCAGCUCAGUGGUUGAUUUGUACUGGUGGAACUGUAGUGGGAGAUGUACCAAAUAAAGUUCUGACUGGUCACUGUCUGCUGAGCGUUAGCAGAGCUCUCAGCGUUAACCUCCGAGUGGGAAGCUGCUGUUGUGUAACCAGCUGGGUGUUUUCUCUGCUUUCUCACAUGCUGGCGGCGGCUCUGCAGGGACCUUACAUCACUACUUCUUCUCGGCUGGCAGCUUCACUCUUCUCUGUUUUUACAGGAAAAGCAGAGUCAGAGCUGUUAAGUCUCACAAGUCUCCACUGAUGGGCCGAUUUAUUUUCCUGCAGACGGAGACAAAGGUUAAUUAACAGAAGUGAGAACACGAGCUGGUCUAAUGAUAUGACUACAGAAAGUACACAGCGCUGUCUGUUGUCUCUGUCUGCAGGUUUCCACGGUUUCACACUUUUCUGAAAUGGUGAGAAAUGAUAUCAGCUGUCCUCUACUUCUCUGCCCCCAGUGUAUGUUCUCCUGCCUCCAUGUCACUGAAUACACAAACAAAAUGCACUAACAAGAGUCAGACAAGUUACCUUUGCAUUUUCUACUUGCUGAGAUUAAUUUUGGGGCAAAGCCUCUGACAGGAGACGAUAUUCAGAUCAGUAGAAAUCCAAUUUUAAAAGACUAAACUAGAAAAAUAGGCUAAACCAGAAUAAACAGUAAAUAAAUUACACCUGCAGCUUCCCUGUGUGUUCUCACCUGAUCCCAGCAUCCACUGCACACUUUCCCCUCAUUAAUUCCCUCAUUCUCUUUUCCCUCACAUCAUCUAAUGUGCCCCACAGCCUUAGCUUCCAGCUUCCUGCCUGUUUGUGACCGAUAUCAACCUUUGCUCCUGCAGCUCUGUGAGAGUUUAUGAUGAUACAAAGCCAGAUAAGCUCAAACACCCAUCUCCACUUGUCAGGUGAAGUCAAGUGGCCCUGAGAUGACGUUUUUUCAGCGAAAUCUUGAUCCGGCUAGAGCAAAUUUACCCCGACUCACUGUCGACUGUCAUAUGCAGCCAUGCUCCUGCACCAGUAUGUGCCUGCAAGGCCCAGCUCAGGGCAGGAAGGCCCACACUGUUAAUGGAGCUGAAGUAGAAACAGUAGUAGACACUCAGUGGAACUGGAGUGAAUUCCCUCAAACAGCUGCACCCUGUUUCUGUGAUGCAACCAGUUAUGUAACCCAGCUCAGUGGACCCAUGGUCAGAGUUUCCACAGCUGGACUCAGGAAACACAUGGGAGUACAGUUCUGGCAGGUCAGUGUGGGGCUGAACCAGCUGUUGGCACCACGCGUACAGCUGUAUUCUGCUGCUUUCCAGGACAGUGCAGUAGUAUUUUCUCAAAUCAACAACCCUGACUUCCUGUUUGAACUGUGCAUGGAGAUGCAUGCUCCCAAUUCACGUUUCAUUUUCACUGAUUUAAUCAGUUUUAUCUGUGACGAUCGAUGUGAUUGUUUCUAAAUUUGCUCGUGGUGAAAAUGCAAACAUGCAAUCUGUCUGGCGUUGUUAGCUUAGAUUUCUCAUAGAGCACAGUUACAUCGCUCUGUUGAUGCAGUUAUUGUCUCUCACUUGAUUUGUGUUGUCAUGAUUCUGAACUGUGUGUUUUUGAACAAAAUCUUUUGAACAAGUGUUGCAUCAUCUGGUGGUGUUUCAUAGACAAUGUGAGCCUGAUUCAGAGUGUGUUAUUAUUGCACCAUCUGCUGGUGUGGAAGAAAAACAGUUUGAAUCUAAUGCAUUUGUGUGUCUGUCUUUUGUUAAAAUAAAAUGAUGUGUUUAGGGAAAAAUCAACUUAGUAUAGCAAGGAUUUCCUAGUGCAUAAUUUUCAAAACUUAUGAAUAAACAUGAUAUAACACAUGUACACACACCCUACAGUGUCUGAUUUGAAAGUAUUGGAUGUUGAGGGGUUUAAUGGGACACUGAAAACUCAAAUGUAUAGGUUUUCUACAGCUGAAAACACAUUCCGAUACAUCGAUGUGCCCUUCGUAGUGCCAGAACCACAUUUUAUUCAUCAC